AUGGCAACGAAAGACCAAUCAUCCAUACUCUUUCACUCGGCCACAAUAAUCACACUCAAUAAAUGUCGGCAAGUUAUUCGAGAUGGGCAUAUUCACGUUGUUGAUAGUCGCAUCAUGUCCGUUGAGAAAUAUUAUCCACUCAAUUCCUUACCGCCUCACACUCGGAUUAUAGAUUGCAAGAACAAAAUUAUCAUUCCCGGCCUCGUGAACACACACGCCCACCUGGUACAAUCGCUUUUACGAGGACUGGCUGAGGACUUGCCGUUGCACUCUUGGUUAUGCGAUGCCGUAUGGCCGCUGGAAUCCGUUUAUUCACACGACGACGGCUAUAACGCGGCACGACUAACAAUCGCAGAGAUGCUGAAAACUGGGACGACAUGUUUCUUAGAUCCGAUGCUGACACAUACAGCCGGAUUUGAGAGGAUAUGCCAAGUGGUGGGUGAAAUGGGUAUACGAGGCUGUUUGGGAAAAUUAGUAAAGUUCACAGAAACAAGUCGAGAAAAUUCCAUGACAGACCCGAGAGAUAAAGACUUAGAUUUCAUGUCUAUUCCUGCACUUGUGGAGGCACACUCUAGGCAUAAUGGACAAUACGAUGACCGUCUACACGUUUGGGCCGCAGCCGGUACUCCUCGGGGCGCACCGAAGUCGGCAUUUCAAGAACUUGGAGAUGCCUGCUCUGCGCACGGAAUCUCACUUACCAUGCACUGUGCGGAAGCUCCCAGAGAUCUAGAGAUAUUCCACGACGUAUACGGCUGCAGUCCCAUGGAAUUUGUGGAGGAAACACAUCUUUCCUUCGAUGCCAGCUCUGUCAAUUCCAAUGCGAAUCCAAGAAAUCUCGUUCUCGCCCAUAUGGUAAAUCUAGACGUGGAAAAGGAUAUUCGUCUAUUAGCUGCAACAAAUACAUCGGUAGCCCACAACCCUUCAUCAAAUCUCAAGCUCGCUUCUGGUAUAGCCCCUGUACCAACUAUGUUGUUAUCAGACGUACGGGGUCAAAAUAUCAACGUGUCUCUGGGAACGGACGGUGCUCCAUGUUCAAAUCACUACGACAUGUUUCAGGAAAUGCACCUGGCAUCCAUUCUUCACAAAGGUGCGAAUCAUGAUGCAGCAUUAAUUCCAGCAGAAACGGCUCUUGAAAUGGCAACAAUCAACGGCGCGAAAGCCCUUGGGUUGGAUGACGAAAUUGGCAGUCUAGAAAUAAACAAGAAGGCUGAUUUUGUAGUCCUCGAUCCAUAUGGAAAGGGGAACAUAGGAAUUGCGCCGUGGGAUGCUGAUGACAAUGCGAAUGGCGUUUCGCCAGUCACUACUGUUGUACACGGUUGUACUGGGCGAGAUGUCGAUAUCACUGUUGUAAAUGGGCGUAUUAUCAUUGAGAACGGGCUCUUAGUUGUUGGAGGGCGACUGAAAGAGGUUGAAAUCAUACAGAAAGCACAUCUGGCGGCAAAAGGUAUUUUGCAGAAAUGUAAUGCGAAUCGUUCCAAUGGAGAACAGUUGGGUGGUAGUUUGAAAAAUGGGUGGACGUAUAUCUAG